CCAGCGUCAUUUGGGGAUUUGCCAUGUCGGACACCACGAUCAUCGUUGUCAUCGUCGUCGUCGUCGUCGUCGCCGCCGUCGCCGCCUACUUCAUCGUGCGGUCGUGCCGCAACAAGAAGGACCGGCUGCCGGACCACUACGUCAACCAGACGUCGCUCAACUCGACCGGCCGCACCGGCACGCUCCCGCGCCAGAACACGAGCAACGGCCUCGGCACAGGCCCGCGUGGCGGCGCCGACAAGAGUGGCCGCGGCAACCAAGCCCCGGCGCCGGUCGCGGACCCGACCGACAACCUCUUCCCGGAGCUCAAGCAGUACCGCAUCGACCACAACGAAGUGCUCUUGACGCGUGCUAUCUCGCGCGGUGCGUUCGGCGUCGUGUGGCUCGGCCACUACCACGGCCAGCCCGUGGCCAUCAAGCGCAUGAUCGAGGGCGACGAAGAAGCCGUGCUCUUCUCCAAGGAGAUUCAGACCAUGGGCCGCCUUAGCCACCCGAAGAUCGUCGAGUUCAUUGGGUCGACGUGGACGUCGGGCUACGACCUCUCGGCGAUCACCGAGUUUAUGGACGGCGGUGACGUCCGCACGCUCUUGGAGAACACCAAGAUCAACCUUACGUGGAAGAAGCAGAAGAUCGGCAUCGCCAUCGACACAGCCGAAGCCCUCGCGUACCUCCACAGCCUCACGCCCAAGCUCAUCCACCGCGAUCUCAAGUCCAAGAACGUCUUGCUCACGUCCAACAUGGUUGCCAAGCUCUCCGACUUUGGCUUGAGCCGCAACCGCAGCUACGAAGAGACGUUGACGGCCGGUGUCGGCACGGUGCGCUGGACGGCGCCCGAAGUCAUGCUUGGCGACAUUUACUCGGAGAUGGCGGACGUCUACUCGUUCGGCGUCGUCCUCUCGGAGCUCGACACGCGUGAGAUCCCGUUCGAGGACCAGAAGAGCUCCAAGGCCGGCGGUGCCCCCGACAUGUCGAUCGUCGUCAAGGUCGCGCGUGGCGAGCUGCGCCCGACGUUCUCGCCGACGUGCCCGCCGAGCAUCCUCCAGGUCGCCAAGGCCUGCCUGCAGUUCGACCCGGCCCUCCGCCCGUCGAGCGCACGCCUCGUCGAGAUGCUCCACCAAGCCAAGCUCGAAUUGCUCCACACCGAAGAGUAACUUUUUUCGGAGCUGUUAAUAUUGUAGCGAUGACUUAUUUUUUGUAUGCCA